GCAGCUCACAGCUUCAGCAUCAGCAGCUGGCAUCACCUCUCCACUCUCUGGGCACCGUGCAAGGACAUGGCCAGCACCAUUCAUGGCGUGGAGCCGGAAACUGGAGGGAACGAGCCUCUUAAAUUCAUCAGCAAAGAAGAGGCGAAGGAAUUGGAGAAGGAGCUUUAUGAGGAAUAUCGAUUCGGGCAGCAGCAGCUGAUCGAGAUUGCGGGCUACAGCUGCGCCAUGGCUAUCACAAAGGCUUAUCCACGGGUGUCUCUCCACAGGAAGCAGCCAACCAUACUGGUGAUCUGCGGCCAGGAGCAGAACGGGGCUAUCGGACUGGUCUGUGCUAGGCACCUUCGCACAUUCGGAUAUGAACCGACUAUCUACUACCCCAAACGUUCCUGCAAAUCCAUCUUCUUGGACUUCACGGUUCAGUGUGAGAAGUUGGACAUUCCAUUUCUCUCCUACCUUCCGAAUGAGGUGCAGCUGAUAAAUGAUGCCUACAACCUGAUCAUAGAUGCAGUGCUGGGGCUCUCAGAUGAGGCAGGGCUGAAGGAGCUGUACUGCAAUAUCCUGAGUACAAUGAAACACGUGAAAAUACCUGUAAUCAGCAUUGAUGUCCCCUCAGGCUGGGACGUAGAGAACGGGAAAGGCGACGGCAUCAGUCCUGAGGUCCUCAUUUCCCUGGUUGCACCGAAGAAAUGUGCCACCCAGUUUUCUGGCAAAUACCAUUUUCUAGCUGGUCGCUACUUGCCCUACGACCUACAGAAGAAAUAUGACCUCAACCUCCCAGAUUACCCUGGAACUGACUGCAUAGUACAACUUUAAGAGGUUACAUUAAAAUGACAGAUGCAAACCAGGAGAGGACUGACCCUAACUAGAAUCUCCCUUCGAUAAGCGUAGUGUCCACUCCUGCAGUGG